CCGUUCCGCCAAUUGCGGAUUGUUAUGAAAGUCCUCGAGACUCCGCGGCACCGUGUCCGUCCGUCGUCCACGCAGCGAGCGAACGCGGCACUCAGCGCGAUCGGGAUCGGUACAGUCCCGGGGUAGUCGAGAUCUCGCGAGCGCGCAGUGCCAGUCACCUUCCCGGCGGUCCCCCUGCGCGGCAUUGAGGACCACCCUCCGUCUCUCGCAGCCAUGAGCCUGGUGCGGCAAAACUUCCACGAGGAGUGCGAGGACGCGCUCAACAAGCAAAUCAAUCUGGAGCUAUACGCCAGUUAUGUCUAUCUGUCCAUGGCGUACUACUUCGACAGGAGCGACGUCGCGCUACCGGGCCUGUACAAGUACUUCAAGAAGGCGUCGGACGAGGAACGCGAGCACGCCAUGAAGUUCCUGACUUAUCAGAACAAGCGGGGCGGCGACGUCGUGCUGACGGACAUCCAGGCGCCGUCCAGGAGGAACUGGAACAGCGCGAAGGACGCGAUGACGGAGGCCCUGCAGCUGGAGAAGAAAGUUAAUCAGAAGCUGCUGGAGCUGCACGGGAUCGCCUCGACGCACAACGACGCGAACUUCAUGGAUUUCCUGGAGACCGAGUUCCUGCAGGAGCAGGUGGACGCGAUAAAGGAGAUCGCCGAUCACGUGACGAAUCUGGAGCGAGUCGGGGAAGGCCUCGGUGUCUUUAUCUACGACAAGGAGUUGAAGGAUUGAGACGAACGGCGUCGCGUCUGAGAGACUUGCUAAGGAAAAUAUAAAAUAAAGAACAGUUACGUUAUAUAGGGGACUGUAGACGAAUAUCUCGCGAACGUGGCGUUGAUUCGGUAAGAAUAAUCGCGAUAAGAAAUGUUGAGAAAGUAAAUUUUUGUGUGAAUAGAAAGGCGAGGGGGCGCGGAUGCUCAUGUAUAUCGUUGUUCGCAUCUGCACUCCGAUCGCGGAGGGGGGGACACGUAUAGUUAGUGCGAUCUUAAUCGCCGUACGGCGCAGAAAUAAUCAAUUUACUCGUGCAAUUAUCUAGCAGUUAACUUUUUCAGAUAUAUCGUAUUUCUUAGGCUCUACAAAUUGUAACCGCACACAAUGUUGUACCGUUAUAAAUCAACCAUUAAUAUAAUAAUUAUAUUGAUUGGUCCUAAUUUCAAAAAGCGCUCGUUCGUCUCCUAAUCCCCGAUAAUAAAACGUUCGCCGUUUUCGACUGUAUUCCUGUUUAAUAAAAUAAUAGAAUAUGAUCAGAUUGCAUUGGACGUAAAUUAAUAAGACUCUUAUUUAGUUACAUUGAAAUUGCAUGUAAUCUGAUCAUGUUCCACCUAAUACUUGAAGCAGG